AUGCCGAUCUGCUUCAGCGUCCACAACUUGGCAGGCUACAAUGAGAGGUUCAACACAGUGCUGUACAGGGAACCCAUACGAACCAGCAAAUCUCAUACCAGCAAGUACAUUAUUUUCUUCCCAGGGGACUAUUCAAAUUUUUUCACCAACUCUAUAUACACUUCAUUUAAGUUGGAGUCAACAAACGAAUGUUCAGAUUACUGUUACAGCUAUGAAGCUUUAUUCUGGGUCAUAUCCCCCAAGUAUUUGUAUGAUCACUUAAUUUUUAUUAAGCCUAGCAUUUUUAUAAAUCAUUUUUCCUCCUUUUCCAAUUUUUUAAAUCCAUCUGAUAUUUCGCUUAGCAGGCAUGAUCACCUAAACACAGGGGGUAUAAAUUCCGGCAAUGAGGUGGUGCCAGCCAAAAGUGUGAAGCAUUUGUUAUCCCUACUCUUAUCAUUGGAUGAGCAGUUAUCCGGUGGAAAGGAGGGACACGCCGCAUCUUUUAAUGAUACCCCGCAAGCUGACUAUCAUGUAGAAAUGGCUCACACAGGUGCACAUGGGUGGAGUGGACAAAAAGAUGAAUUACCACCACGGAGUUCACUAAAGCGCAGACUCUGCUUAAUCGGAUUCAGCAGGGGAUGCUCAGUUCUGUUCGCUCUGAUGAGGGAAGCCAACGAAGGCCAUCUUCUGCUCCCCUACGUCGAUUCCAUGUACCUCCUAGAUCCCGGAUUCAACAAAAAGAUAUAUGACACUGAAAUUGAAAGCAGGGAUUUAGAGAAAGUCGCUCAGUUCGGACUGAAAAUAUUCCUCCACUCGACGCCUCAGCAGGUGACGAACAGAAACGAUGUAAACAUCCACAGCGAACUGUUAAACUUUUUAAAGAAACUCAGGCAGCAUGGAAUAGGUACCUUCCCAUAUAUACACUACAUUAAGAAUGCCAAAUUGGUGAACCACCUAAAUCUUCAUUUUGAAAUCCUCGUGGAUUUUAUCGAUGGCGUGUUGGAAGACCCCAACGAAUGCUCCUCCUUGUCCAGUUCUUGCAGGGAGCAUGGAAUCACCGUGUGUAGGAGCAAAACGUCUAGCAAAGAUUUCUUGUUUGAAAAUUGGAAGAAGAAUUAG